CUCAUUCCCGGAAGUGUUCCUAGAAUGGCCAUUUCCCGAUGCGGGAGAAUCCCCAUUCCGCCGAGAACGAAAAUCAGAAUUUUAUUCCUGUAAUCGGAAUGGGCCAUCUAAUUCAGUAAUUCCGAUUCGAGGCACCUAUUGCAGCCAACCAAACGGACUUUUAGUUCGUUAUUGAAUCGAAUUUGGAUCGGUCUAUAUCCGAUUCGAUUUCAUGCAUUUGCAGCCCUACCGUCUUUUCUCACCAAUCGACUAAGAUUUUUCUCUUGGUCCCAUUGAACAGUGAAAUCAUACUCUUCGAUUUCUAUCACUGUCGAGUGACGAGCUCCAUGUCCGGAAAGUAAAUUAACCACUACUACUUGUAGUAAAAGUUCCAACCUCUGAUUCAUCUUCAUUAAUGGCGGAUUCUGGUGAACCUCAACAAUCUGAACCAGUAUGCAAUUUCUUCAGGAAGCCAUCAAAGAAUAAGAACAUCAGAAAGCGAACAAUUGAAGAAGAUGAUGAAGACCAGGAAGAUACUUCCUCAGUGAUCAAUAAACCAAAGAAGGUCACAAAGCCUGAUAACAAGCUCCACUUCUCGACUGGAUCAUCCACAUGGCAUGCACAUGGAGAAUCAAGCAAAGAAGAUAACCCGGUUUUCCAUUUUGAGUCUUCAAAAGAAAUUCAGGUUCAGCAUGAUAGCAGGGCAACUGCUACGUUGGAAACUGAAACUGAUUUCUCAAAAGAUGCCCGUGCAAUCCGAGAGAGAGCUCUUAAGCAAGCAGAAGAAGCUUUGAAGGGGAAGGCUAAAAGUGGAGAUGAGAAAGUAUAUAAAGGGAUUCAUGGGUAUACUGAUUACAAGGCUGGGUUCAGAAGAGAGCAAACAGUUGCUUCUGAGAAAGCUGGCGGUGCCCAUGGCCCUCUUAGGGCAUCUGCUCAUAUUAGGGUGUCAGCAAGAUUUGACUACCAGCCAGAUAUCUGCAAGGAUUACAAGGAAACUGGCUAUUGUGGAUUUGGAGAUGCAUGCAAGUUUAUGCAUGAUAGAGGGGAUUAUAAGUCUGGAUGGCAGUUGGAGAGAGAAUGGGAAGAAGCAGAGAAGGUAAGGAAGAGAAAUUUGGCUCUGGGAGGAGAUGGUGAAGAUGAGGAUGCAGGAGGGGAUAGGAGUGAGGAGGAUGAGGAUGAUUCAUUGCCAUUUGCGUGUUUCAUUUGUAGACAGCCAUUUGUAGAUCCUGUGGUUACCAAAUGCAAACAUUAUUUCUGUGAGCAUUGUGCUUUGAAGCAUCAUUCAAAGAAUAAGAAGUGCUUUGUGUGCAACGAGCCUACACUUGGGAUCUUCAAUACUGCACAUGAGAUCCGGAAAAAGAUGGAGAGUGGUGGAAAAUAAUGAAUCUGUCAGUUCCCUUCUCUUUGGCAUUUGUAAUUUUCUUGAUAUAUCCUUUACUCUUACUGUACAUCUGUACACAAUGAGAAAGUGUACCAUUGAAUUUUUCUCUGUUUGUUUUUUUGACCUACAAGCUUUUGUGGCAAACAUAAGUUGUCUAACCUUGUCUUAAUGUUGGAAACCUGUUAAUGCUGUUUUUGGAGCUCAAGCAUGAGAUUUUAUUUUGA